UAACAACAUUGCAUUCGUAUUUUAAUUUUCACUCGCAGCGAACGGUGGAUGAAAUAACGGUUGAACAAUGGCAAAGAAUGUCGGUAGUGCGUGCGCGCAAAUUGUGGUCCUUGUGAUUUUGGCGAUAUUUUGCAGUGCAUCAGCCGAGUCUAAUAGAGAUUCUUACGAGAUUGUCGGCGCAAAGCUGCCAAGCCUACAUACAUAUGGAGUAGUGCCAUUAACGACGGACCAGCUGCAUCGCCAAAGACGCGAACUUCGUGCGGAAAGUGUAGACCGUUUGAAGUCCGUACUGAAGUUCCGUGGUGAUGAUGACCAUCCCGGUGCAGAUGUUAAAGCCGGAGUAGCAGCUGGAGCCGGAGCUGUAGCUGCAGCUGCGGAGACCAAUGUAACAACGCUCACGGUCGACGGCAGUGUGUCCUACAACGUUCACAAUGUCGGUGUCAACGGCACCGGACAGCGCAAGGCAUACACAACACAGACCAGCGGGAAUGUGGCCCCAGCAGCCGAUACCAAUUCUACCAACCCAGUCAAUGUGGCCCCUAAGAAGGCCACCCUUUUGGCCCAGUCGGGUUAUCCAAAAAAGACACCAUCCACCAUAGCCGUCACCAACACGGACCGUUCGCCGGCGGUCAUUGAUGUCGAUGUUUCUAAGGUGGACAUUUCCGAGGACGAGAUCAACCAGGCGGCUGAGAAAGAACAUCUAGUUCGAAGUGUGGAAAAUCACGAAUACUACAACAGCAUGCUGUAUGUGAAUAAGGAGGAGGUGUCGUCUCUGUGGGAAAAAAUAAAGACGAUGCCACCAAACAGUCUUCUCUCCUCAUCACAUCGACGGGCCAUGACCGUGGAGCUUAAGUUCGACUUUCCCUUCUACGGCCACUAUAUACGUAACAUCACAGUGGCCACCGGCGGAUUCCUUUACACCGGCGAGUAUGUACACUCUUGGCUUGCGGCCACUCAGUACAUUGCCCCACUGAUGGCUAACUUUGACACAAGCAUGUCCAACGAUUCGUUUGUCCGAGUGCAAGACAACGGAACCGCAUUCAUCGUCGUGUGGGAGAAUGUCACGCUGCAGGACAAACCGGAAAUCGGCAAUUUCACAUUCAGCGUAACGCUGCAUCAAAACGGAGACAUCGACUUUGCCUAUUUAGGAGUACCCAUGAACAUUAAGUCCAUUGAUGAUAAAACGCAUCCAGUCAAGGUUGGCCUUUCCGAUGCCUACAUUAUUGACAAGCAACUAGUCAUUGUCCACCGAAAGACAAUCUAUGAAUACCACCGGGUCACCUUCCAGCACAGCGAGAUCUCCAACUUCACCAUGAUCAAGAUGACUGCCCAGCCCACCUGUCUUGGUUUUAAUGACUGCAAUUCUUGCAUCAACCACAAUACUACCUUCACGUGCCUUUGGUGCUCGGCGCUAAAUCGUUGCUCCACGGGUACCGAUCGCAAGAAAAAUGAGUGGCUCCAAAAGGGAUGUGAUGCUGCUGCCAUCAAUACAAGCAGUUUUUGUCCGGCUCUCGGUGAAAAGGGCAAUAAUGCGGCCGCUCAGGCGAAGAACGGUGCUGCGAACAGUGGUGCCGCCGGCAGUUCAACAAGCCCCACAACGGCGGCCACUGGCUCAUCCACGCCGGUGACGGAACCCACCGUAGUCAGCACGCGGACACCGCAUGCAACAGCCCAGGCGAAGCCAACGUCGAAUGCCAGCAGUGACGUUCAUACGGACAGCAAGGUCGGUAACGCCGAGCUUUCGCAGGCGGGAGCGGACAACAAGAACGUGGGCGUGGCAUUUGGUUUCAUGGUACCCAUUUGCCUAGUGUUCGCCGUUACGCUGUGGCUUUUCUACGCGUACCGCAAUCCGCACACCAAGAGCGGCCAGCUGCUCAUCCAGUCCAAGCAUUUACAUCAGUUCCGUCCCAGCCAAUGGUCAUGGAGGCGUGGAGAGGCCCGCUACACGGCGGCCACGAUACACAUGUAGGAGGUGAUGGCCGCCGACGUAGAGGGAGGGUACCAGAGAUCGCGAGACGUGGGAGGGAGCUGCAGCUAUUAUACCGACGAAGAACCAACCAAUCGAGCCCUGAUCCUUGAUGGAGCAGUAACGUGAACGGGGGAACCUGAGAAGCAAUCAUCGUCAUCAUUUUACAACAUUGACAAGCUGGAACCAAACCGCACCAAUUCUAUCAUUUAAAACAAAAAAAAAAAAAGAGAGACAAAAAGAAAAUAACAUUUUAACCAGUUUUUAAAUGUGAUCUAAGAUGUCCAACCACCAAUUGAAAAAAAAAGACAGAUUUUCGAACUGAUUGUUGUUGAGAUUUAGCUCAGAAAACUGCCGUAAAUGAAACCGAAAAUAAAAAGCAAUCUAAAUGUGUAGAUUUAGAAGUCGCAGGAGUCGAGUUCCUCUAAGUACCAGUUAAACCCCCGUAAAACCAAACUGCUCAAAAAAAAGAAAACAAAACAUAAAAGAAAAAGAACUAACAAAAGAAAGAAAAAGACGACUGGCAACAGCAUGAAGUGAUCUGUUAAUGUAUCUUUUUUUUGCCUUUUUGGCACGUUACACCCCUCCCCGCCAAUCCCCAUUCCAGUACCCCCGAAGACAAGCUAAUAUGUAUGUGUAUAUGUAACUCUCAGACCAACGGCUCCCACCAGGCCACGCACACACCUAAAGAACCUUUAACACACACACACACGAAACACACACUCACACAGACAGUUACACACACACAGGGCAAAGUGCUUUCAAUUGUUUCAUAGUUCAAUUUUAUUUAGUGGUUUUUUUUUUAUACAUAUUUUACUCUCUAUUCUGUAUUCUAUCCGCAAACUUCGAAGCAGAAGAUGAAAAAAGACCAACGACGAUGACGAGGAAGGGCUAUAUAGUUUUGUUUGUGUGCGUGCGCGUUUUGCUGGACUCUUCGCCAAAAAGUUCUUCCUCAUUCAGUGUUUAAUUUUUGUUCGUUUGUUUUUUAUUUUAAGAGUAAGUGUGUGUGUGUAGCUCUUGGCAGCUCUUACGGGAUAAAUGUGUUACUGCGAACAUUCGGCGCAGUUUUUCAUCCAGCUGUAUUAUACGCGAUUUGUAUGCGAGUUUUAUGUGUGUGUAUAUGUAUAUGUAUAUGUAUGCGUGCAUGGAAUUUACAUUUGUGUACGAGCACGCAUAGGACCCUUAUUAUUAUUAUAUGAUACUAUAUAUCCAAGACAACCUCUACUUUUUUGUUAGUUUUUUUUCUAUUAAUUAAUAUUACAAAUGAGAAUGCGAAAAACAAACAAAAAUAUUAAAAUAUAUAUAUAUAUAUAAUUAUAACUAUAAAAUGCGGUGUGCAAAGCUAAACUAAAUCUAUAAUUAACUAAGUAAGGGAGAUUGGAACAUGGAGGGGAGAUCUAAUUAUGUAAUAUCAAUAAAAUCAAACCGAUUAAACACAACAGAAUUAAAAACCCAAGCAUGCAAGCGACAACAACUAAGAAAUUGUAUAACAAUGUAUUUUGAUAAAGAAAUUAAACUUGUAUUUUAAGCUCUUCUUAUGUAUACAUGAUAAUUUAAAUAAAAAAAGAAAAAAACAUACUCGAAAAUGAAAAA